AUGAGCGAAGGCUGUCGAAACCACUGACGUAGUGCGGUAGAGAUUUCCACUGUUGUGAUGCAUCUUAAAACAUAGACGAUCUUUUCUGUGACGCCUAUGUCCCGCGAAAUUUGGCUUGGUAAACUAAACUCAGUUUGGACUCGGUAGAAAUGAGUAAAAAAGACAACGGUGUCGCACUCAUCCUUGCCUAUCUGAAUGAGAAAAACCGUCCCUACAGUGCUCAGGAUGUUUUCUGUAAUUUACAAAAGCAGCAUGGAUUGGGCAAAACAGCAGUGGUCAAAGCCAUGGAGCAGCUGGCUCUGGAGGGGAAGAUAAAGGAGAAAACAUACGGCAAGCAAAAGAUAUAUUUUGCUGAUCAGGCACAGUUCAAAGAUGUGAGUGAAGCAGACUUGAAGGCAAUGGACUCUCAGAUCUCAGAGCUCAGUGCAGAGGUGCAAUCCCUCACCCAGAGCUGCAGACAGCUAGAUACAGAGUUAAAGGAGCUCAGUAGUUCCUUGACAACAGAGGAAAUGAUGUCGGAGAUCCAAGAGCUGAAAGCAGAGUGUUCUGGGUACAGAGCGCGUCUGGAGAAGAUAAAGUCGGCCACAAAUCACGUCACACCAGAAGAGAAAGAGAAGGUUUAUAAAGAACGGAAUGUUUAUGUGAAGGAGUGGAAAAAGAGGAAGAGACUGGCUUCAGACAUGAUACAUACAAUCCUGGAGGGAUAUCCUAAGAGCAAAAGGGAGUUUCUGGAUGAAGCUGGCGUGGAGACUGAUGAAGACUGCAAGGUGGUUGUUCCAAGUACUUGAAAGGGCAAAAACAUCUCAUUUGGCUACUUCGUCAGUGUAAGCCUGUGCGCUGCUUGUUUAAGGAGACGGCUUUCACCACAGCACAUAAUUAUAGCCUAAAUGUUCAAUCUUUAAUUCAAGUUGAAUGAAAAACCAACUUCUGUAGGUGAAAGUACAUUUAUAUAAGAACAGCUUUAUCACAUCAUUAGGCGGCACUGAGCCAUCCCGAGCCUACGUUGAAAAUGUCAACUAAUGAUUGAUUAUAGUUUUGAGAGCUGUACCUUCUUUGUUAUCAUCACAUGUUCAAGUCUAGCUUAUAUUUUAUUUGAAACCUACAUAAAGGUCUCAAUGUAUAGAAAUUUAGACCUGACUUUCAGGUCUCAUGGGAGGUUGUCCCAUUUUCCUUUUUUUUUUUUUAUUAAUCAACCCUUGUAUUGUCUUGUCAGUGUUAUUAAAUUUUCAUUUGACCAUAACCUCUUCAACAAAGUGACCAAACAUUUCUUUCAACUAUCAUAAAACACUGGAGCAAAGGUUUUAUAGGUGCACUACAGUGAUGGGGGACCAGUGCCUACCUACAUGAUCUGGUUUUUUCUGCUGUGGUGUGGCUCACUUUAUUUCCACAUUGUAUUUCAGGUGAGUUUAACAGAACAAAAAUAUUUCUUUACAUAGAUUGACAUCACUCGCAUUAGAUUUUACAGGUAUAACAUUGCCACUGAGUGUAGAUGGCUUGUAUACAAGGACGUAUAUGAAAAGAAAAAAAAAAAUUGCAUUUCACUGAUUGAAGCAACGACAGUAAACUCUGUGGAAACGAAACUCAAAGCCAUUAAAAAAAAAAUCAUCUGUCAUCCAUUUUAAACCCACCUGUUUUCUUUGCAUGGCCCUGCCCAUGAGAUCGCCAGGAACCUACGACUGGUGCAGGGUACAGUACCGGGUUUCAAACAUGAUCAAAAACAAUCAGAAUAUUUUCAUCACAGUGCUGCUGACUAUUACACCAUUUCGAAUGUUAUUGGUCACAAAAGCCACUGAUAACUACAGGAACACAGCAUUUGUCAUGUUGGCAGUAAACCUGCUCACUUUUCAGCUGGUGAGAUCUUCAGUCACCUGAGGAGAAAACUGCAGACGGGGUCUUCAAAAUCAAUAUGCAUUUAACCCUCAUGCAGCCUGAGGUGACUAGAGGUAACAUUUGUGUUUUAUUUUUCAAGCCAUUUUGGCUGUGUUGAAUGAAUGUAGCUCAAAUUUGCUACAGGUUUUUUUUUUUUACUGAAAAAUUGAGGUCUCACUUCCUUAAAUUUGCCUAAAAUGGCUGAAAUAAAAAAAUACUCAUAUGUACCAAGGUUACUGUUAUUCACCAUUGAAAACCAUUAAAAAUGCUUUUUUUGAUGCCAAAUACAGCCCAUCAUGUCAUAUUUCAAUGCCAUGAAGCAAUACACCAUUUUAAACUAGAGGGUCUCAAAAUGCAAUUUUAGUAGUUGACCACCAGCCUCUGCUUGAGCUGGACUCUUACACAGAGUGAUUCAAAGUUAAUGUUUUUUUAGUGUUCAUUGUUC